AUGGCCCACGAUGGUCCGGAGAAAGCCCCGGAACCCUCACCAGCCCCGUGGCGAGCCUGUCUGCACCGUCUGUCGGUCUUUCCGGCCAGCUCUCUGGCCAGGCGACCGCUUGCCCGGCUGCUCUCCACUUUCCUGUGUGCGCUUAUCAUAGUCAUCCGCCCCUUUGCCAGGCUUGGCGGGAGAUAUGCCUUUCUCGUCCUUGCCCUCAAGGAACUCGUCUUUUCAGUCCAGGAAAACCUCGCCCAGCAGCUUGAGCUCACGUGCCUCAACAUCAUCGGUGCCUUGCUCGGGAUCGGCCUAUCCACUCUCGCAAAAUAUCUCGCCUCUCUUGCAGGCCCGGAUUCCCAGACCGCACGAAUCACUUGCUUCGUCUUCCUGAUAUUGAUCAGCUUCCUCGCUGGUGUUGCUAAAAGCAGACUUGUUCGUCUGCAGCUCUCUACACGAAUAUCAUGCUUCAUUUCCAUCUGGCUGCUCACCGGCAACAUCGGAGUCUCAGAUCGCGUCCUGGCGGACUCAGGUAAUUUCCUUUGGGUAACACUAUCUGCCGCAAUUAUAGGCGUCGUAUCGCUGCUCGUCAUGAUGGUCAUCUUCCGUGGCUCUACUACCAACUUUGAGCUUGAGACAGCUGCCACAUUCGCUGUCCUUCAAGAAUGCUUAUCCACGAGUCUCUAUCGUGUCGGCGCCCGGGAAACGAAGAUGGACGUCUCGUACUAUCGGCAACUCCACGCGCAGCUUCUCCAGCGCUCCAUUAAGCUGAAUGAAUCCUAUUCGCAGGCGGCUUUCGAGCUGCGCGUCGGUCGCCUCAGUCUCCAAUCCAUCCGGCCGUUCGUGGGCAUAGUCGAGCACCUGAGACGCGAGCUGGUGUGGGGACUGUCGCCCGUGAAACCUCUGCGCAGUAUUCCUGGCACUCCUCGGUCUCCGGGCCCUGGCACCCCACGCUCAUUACCUCAGAGCCCUCGGAGCGUAGCACAAAGUCUCAACGAGUACUUUUCUGCCAGCCAACACCCGCUUGCGUUCGUGUCGGUACUUGAACCACCAGCACUUGACCUGGCCCAAGCCGUCCUAGACUCGAUGAAGACGGUGGAGCAUAUGAUCACGGUGAUCUUUCACCAGCGAUCAGCAGGAGAGACUCCGGAGAGCGCGCAGUCGAUCUCCGGGUCUCAGAAGGUCGCCGUCCACGCCGCGAGGAGCAAACUUGAGGUCGCCUGCAACAAGAUGCGCGAGGUUCUCAAGCAUGUCUUCGAUCAGGUUGACAUGCACCAGCGUGCCGAGGGGAAGCAACCGCACCUCCCGAAGGAGAUCUUCGACUGCAGUCUCGCGGCGAUCGCGCUGCUCCAGAUGGCCCAGGAGAUGGCUGCUGCGCUGCACCUCGCCGAACAUGUCGCGAGGCGAUACGAGGAGUCCCCCACGAAGCUCUGGUACCCGCGGAUAUCCUUGCAAUGGCUCGGCGUCCCCCCAGGCCAGUUUAUUUCCGACGACCACAACGACGCAGCUUACGCCGGUGCCGACGCCUCGGGCGAGAACUCGCCCGCCGACGCCGAGACCGACGAGCGGCUGACCGUCAUGGAGGCACGACAGGGUAUCGUCGAGCGCGCCUUCGAGUUCACGCUCGCCAAACACGGCCGGCACUUGCCCGCCGGAGGCAUCGCCGCGGCGCGCUAUCGCGUAUACGCGGCAGCGAGCGCGAGUAGGAUGGAGCUGAAGGCGUUGAAGGCGCGGGUGUGGACGUGGCGGUUCUGGCGCGGGCAGAUGAGCAGGUUGUGGUCGAGCGAGCAGGUGUUACGCGCGAGGGUGUGGCUGUCCAAGAGGCACCGGGCGGUUCAACACUCGAGCCACUGGAAGCAUGGGCUGAAGAAUGCGAUCGGGGUCGCCGUGCUGACUUUCCCGGCGUUUUUGCCAGCGGACUCUCCUGGUCGGCUAUGGUUCCAGGAUUGGAGAGGGCAGUGGAUGACUAUCAGUUAUCUAUGGGUCCUGGAGACCAACACCGGGGCGACGUGGAGGACAGGUUACCUACGACUAGUUGGUACAUUACUUGGAGCCACAUACGCAUAUGUUACGGCUCUAAUAUGUGGCACAAAUCCAUACGGUCUUGUGACCAUGGUUACGGCAUUUGACAUACCCAUUACAUGGAUUAUACUCCGGACCUCUGUGACGCCGCUUGCUGUUCCUGCAUCCGUGACGUUGCCCCCCAUCGUGUUCGCACAUUAUACGACCCCAGAUACAACGGCUUCUGUUCUUCAUCUCACAGUCGCUCGCGCGGCAAUGAUCGCCGCAGGAAUCCUUGCGGCCGUCAUCGUAAAUAGUAUGUUAUUCCCUCGGCAUUGUCGGGUACUCUUCCUCAACGAUACGGCGCGCACGCUCGGCAGACUCAGCACCCUCUAUCUUACAUUGAGCCACGACAUGUUCAGAAUGAAUCGGACUCGCUCUCUUGAAGAACGUCGAAAACAGCUAAAGCUAGAGCUGCAAACCCGCAGUUCUCUCUACAGGCUGUCCGCUCUGUUGAAGACGAUGAAUGAUGAAUUGAGUCUUCUCCCUAAACCACUGGGUCAGUACCGCAACAUCGUGACUACGAUGCAGAAGCUGCUCGACCUCAUGACUGGCCUUCGCAAGAUCCGAGAAAACAUUCCUCGGAAGGAGACCGUGUCGAGCGUAUUCAAAGAGCGCCGCGAAUUCAUGUCGUGCGUGUGCAUCAUCCUGUACGCGUGCCAGCAUGCGUUCCGCGCGCGCGAGCCGCUCCCGCAGUUCUUGCCCUCGGCGCGGCACGCGUUCGCGCAGCUUGAGGCGCACGUCCAGGAGUGCAUCGCGCACGCACGCGAGGAGCAGACCGAGCUCGGGCUCUCGCUCGUGUACGCGUUCGCGGAGCAGGAGGUCAUGCAGUGCCUCGUCGACACGCUCGAGGAGCUCCUCGAACGCACGGGGCAGCUGUUCGGAACUUCGGCUUGGCUGACGCAUGAGAGUCACUUCUCGCGCUCGAGCACGAUCGAGGAGGGCGUCGACCACGGCUGGUUCAGCACAUUCCGGACGGAGUGUAGGCCGGAGUACGAGUCGACGGUGUAA